UUUAAAUUCAGUUAAGCUGUCAAUAGAACAAUCUCACGUAUAGGGAUAUACAGUACACACAACAUUCUGAGGUGUCUUAUUUGUUCUGUAUGCAGAUUUGAGAUUAGAUUAAUAUUAGAGAAAAGUUCCUGAAGAACUAAAUGUGAUGAACAACUGAAGAUGGUGUUUUUUACACAACUUUUUACCACCAAACAUGGAUCCCUGGCCAAGAUCUGGCUUGCAGCCCACUGGGAGAAGAAAAUCACCAAAGCCCAUGUGUUUGAAUGCAAUCUAGAGAUGACAAUAGAGGAUAUUAUUUCUCCUCAGGGAAAGAUUGGGCUGCGGUCGUCAGGUCACCUGCUCUUGGGCAUUGUGCGGAUCUACUCUAGGAAAGCCAAGUACCUACUUGCAGACUGCAGUGAUGCGGUGGUUAAAAUCAAAGUGGCUUUCAGACCAGGACAGUUGGAUCUGCCUGAAGAACGAAUGGAGGCCAUGGUUAAAGCCAUCACACUGCCUGAGGAGUUCCCUGACUUUGAGUCACAGCUGCCUGAUCUCAAUACAAUCGAUGUCGUAGAUCACUUUUCACUCAACCAGAGCCGCACAGAGGAAAUCACCAUGAAGGAAAACUUUGGAAAUAGCUUUUUCUCCAUGGACGACUUGGGAGAUGAAACCCAGUCCCAUCAGGGACUAUUUGAUACAAGCUUUCAAAGUCUCUGUGCAAAUGGUGAUGGGUUUGGUGAUGAGGGCCUGGCUUUUGAUCUUGUUGAUUUCAUAGCAAAUGGUAAUGAGAGUGCCCUGCUGACUGAUUCCUUUGGUGAAUCACCAGUUGAGGUCCCUGCAACACCCCCACCAACUGCCAUUAAUCCUACAGCUUUAGAGCCUUCCAUAGCUACUUCAGAGGCCUUACCAGAGACUCCCACACUAAAUGAGACUACACUGCUGGAGAAUGCAGAGGAAGGCUUUGCUCUUGAACCAGUGGAAGUUACACAAAAGAAGAAAGGAAGUAAAAAAAGGAAGCUGGUAGUAGAUCACUUAAAGGAACUUUCUAAUGAAGCCAUCAGAGCCCAACUAGCUGACUACUCUGAACUUCUGGCCCCCCUUGACAUAGCUCCACCCACACGGCAACUUAUGGACUGGAAGGAGAAUGGAGGCGUGGAUUAUCUAUUUUCACAUUUCUGCACACCUGUCAUGGGUGACGACUUGCAGAAGCUCUUCCCUAGAGAUGUGUUACCUGGAAAAAUGGGGCCAAACUGCAAAGCUGGAGAUGAAAAUGACCCGAAGGAGACGAGAGAGCAGAUGAGAGAGGCCGAGAGUGAGAGCAUUGCUGUGCCUAUGAUGAAGGAAAUGAGCUUACUGCAAGAGACUGCGGAAGGAAACAGCGCAGCAGAGGCUUCCAGCUUUAUCGAACCAUCCUUCGUACAUAUGGAGCCCUCAGAAUUCAAUACCAGCAGACUGGAGGUGUUGCAUCCAGAGCUGCUCUCUGAUGAAUCAAUGCUGGUCCAUCCAUCUGAAAUGAACAGUGAAACUCCACCAGUGUUGACACAGACACAGCACUCUUCCCUGGACAGCCAGAAUGUAGAGGAGAAGAAAAUGACUUGUCGCGCGCAGAAUCUCCUCCAGACUAUCAGAAAGCAGAACAGCAACCCAGACUCCACAUACAGCCUUCAUGAACUAUGUGAGAAUUGCAGUCGACCCAGUGCAGCGGCCAUGUUCUACUGUCUGCUGGUGCUGAAGAAACAGCAGGCCAUCAGUUUCCACCAGGUUGCCCCCUACAGUGACAUCAUCAUUACACCUGGUCCUUUCUUUCAGAAGCUUUAGAACAGAAUCUUUCUGUGCCCCAUGUGCAACUUCAUCAACCUACUAAGAACUUAAUCACUGGAAUUUUAAGGAGCAAAUUAACGAGGCAGUUAAACAGCAUAAAGGAAAUGACACCAUCCAUCCUUAGCUCUGCCUCGUAGAACAUAAUUGACUAGAAUCUCACAAAACACAAUGCAAAACAGACAAGUUUGUAUUUCACAAGUUUCGAGCUGGUAUGUUUAGUGGAUUAACAUCCAACUAAUAAGUCAAUUAUUUUUGUGUGUUUUGAAUCCAGUUAAAUGUUGGGUUUGUUGUGGGUAUUUGCUUCAGAUUUAUAGCUUUGGGUUUUAUUUUACAUCCCUGUUUUGUUUAUCUAUGUUAUACUCUAUAAUGUUCAUAUUUUAUGUACACAAACUUACCUGUUUCAUAUGGCUAGUUGAUAUGUUUAUGACGUGGACAUUUGGUGUUGUUGUUUGACAUUCCAGAAUAUUGUUAGUUCUUUUUAAGGUUAUGAUGUUAAUACUAAGCAAUUCAUUUUGAUACGAACAAAAUAAAGAAUAUUUAUCUUGUACAAAAUUGUCACUCUUGUCUAUUGCGUGUAUGAUGGAGUCUCGCAUUGAGAGCUCCUUCCUAAACAGCAUGCACAUUAAUCUUUAUAAUUAGCUUGUGAUCUUUAAUAAUUAUAUUUAUUUUAUAAUGAAAAAAAAUAUCUUAAAAACAUUAAAAAUCACUUACUCUCA